CUAUUAAAGUCUAUUUGUUGUGUGAAUCCUUCCUGCAAGAUACUGACAACAGCCUUGAGGCACUCAAAGUGGUUGCAUCACUUUGCCCAAAGUCCCAGUGUUCCGCUCGCCUUCCACCAGCCACCUUUGAUUGGGCCGCAGGUGCGUUCGUCAUGCCCUUUGUACCCUACCAGAGCCCAGCUCAGUGGCGAUGGUGGGUUGGCUUGCCUGCGCUGAACCCGGGAAAACGCGCGUGGCUUGUUAGAAGGGGACGGAUCCUGCCUGCUCUGUUGUCCUUUGGUGCCCAGGCCUGGUCAAUCAUGGCAUCAUCAAAGAGGGCUGCCAGUGAGGGAAAGUAUUGCAGAGACUGGGAGAAAGAGGAGGAUUUGAAGGUCUGGCUUUGCCCUGUGGCAGGAGACAAUGGCAAAGCAGCCUGCCGGUUCUGCAAGGGUACGAUGCCUGCUGGCUACUCUGACCUUCGGCUGCACAUGGCCACGGCUGAGCAUCAAAAGCAUUUGCCUCCAGGCUGCUCUGUGCCUUUGGCUGAUGAUGGGCUUGGUGACCUGAAGCAUUCUGGUACUGGAGCCACCAUGCCCAGGAGGACAGAGGUAACGAACGGGAGAUGUCCUAUGAGUGAGUUGUGUCUCUCUGUGAGCAGAAGGGUGUUAUGUGAGUUGUAAUUCCAGGGUUUCUGGAAGCAUAUCCAGAAUAUCUUAUCGGUAUUGUGUAUAUAUGUACCUCCAGAAUAUCCUGUGGAUAGAAAUAUCCAAUGGGUAUGCAUAGAAGUAUAUAAGUACAGUAUAACACAGGACUCCCCAAACUAAGGCCCAGGGGCCGGAUGCGGUCCAAUCGCCUUCUAAAUCCAGCCCGCGGACGGUCCGGGAAUCAGCAUGUUUUUACAUGAGUAGAAUGUGUCUUUUUAUUUAAAAUGCAUCUCUGGGUUAUUUGUGGGGCAUAGGAAUUCGUUCAUUCCCCCCCCCCCGAAAAUAUAGUCUGGCCCCCCACAAGGUCUGAGGGCCAGUGGACCAGCCCCCUGCUGAAAAAGUUUGCUGACCCCUGGUAUAGCAUAUUCUAUUAUUAUUAUUAUUAUUAUCUAUCCUAUUUUUUUCGGGGACAAGCGGGGCUUUCGGCCAGCAGGGAAUAGAUUAGUGCUUGACCUAAAAUAGCUGCCAGGUUUAGCUCGCAAUGCCCAAUUUCAACCAUUUUAAACUGCCAAUAGCAAAUUGAUGGAAAAAAUCCUUACUAGUUGUUUGGAAUGAAGGCGCACAGUUACCGUGACUUCCUUUGCCAAGCCUUGUUCCCAUCGGCGGGUUCACCAAAGGCAAAAGAGGAAGAAAUGGAUGAGGUGUUGGUGAGGAACAGGAACGGAAAUUCAGCAGAGACGUUUCAGUUCAGCGCUGAGCCUACCUUGGAAGACAUCCGAAGACUCCAGUCUGGUUUCACAGCCGAGCGCGGCUGGAGGAAGUACCACCAGCCUCGGAAUCUGCUGCUUGCUCUCGUCGGGGAGGUUGGGGAGUUGGCGGAGCUCUUCCAAUGGCGGGAAGAAGCCCCUGAAGGCCUGCCGGGCUGGACGGUGCCCGAGCGCGAAGCCCUCUCCGACGAGCUCAGCGAUGUCCUCAUCUACCUGGUGACUCUGGCAGACAAGUGCUGUGUGGACCUUCCCUUGGCCGCCCUCCGCAAGAUAGGGAAGAACCGCCUCAAAUACCCGGCUGAGCGUGUUUACGGGUCGUCCAAGAAAUACACCGAAUACGAGAAGCAACAGGACGGUGCAGCUGCUUCUUCCGAAGCAGCGAGGGGAGAAAACUCUUGUGUGGCUUUGGGAAGCUCCCAUCCUCCGGACACAAGCUGCGGGGGCUCCAAUGGCGCUGGGGCUUCAGGGCUCAGGCAGGGCAGCACCUCAAAACAGGCCUCUGCUUCGUCGUAGUCUUUUUUGAGAGGAAAGCGCUUAAUACAAAGGGAGCGAUGUGGGGAGGGAAGGGUGCUGCCAUUAUUUCCUCCCUCUCCUUUUAUGUUUUUGAAGGUUUAGAUGGUGCUCACUCCAGUGAGGAAGGGAGCCCUAUCUGGCAGGGGAAUUGAAAGUGACUAGUCUGUGGGGGAAGGCCCUUUGCUCUACGCAGGCAUUAUGACUUUUAUCUCAGAUGUGAAACUGACAAGGGCCUUCUACACGCUUGGCCUCCUGACUAGGGCCCAGUUAGAUGCCUCCAUCUUAGUUUUUGUUUU